AUGAUCAAAGGGCCUUGUACCGCGCCGGAGCUAGCUGCUUUGAAAUAUGUCGCUGAGCACACAUCAAUUCCUGUCCCCAAAGUCUUUAACUUCCACCAUUACGAUAAUAGUCUCUACAUUGAAAUGGAGUAUGUCCGUGGAAUGAGCCUCGAGGCAGCAUGGUACCACGGUCGCCUGACGCAAGACCAGAAGAAAGAUAUCAUCACUCAGGUAGCGGGCUACAUCAGCCAACUUCGGGGAUUAAAACCUCCACGAGAAGGAAUAGUCGCAUCGGCAAGCUUCGACGAGGCCCUGGAUCACCGAGUCGGGUCUUAUCCUUUUGGGCCUUUCACGAGUCAUGAAGGGUUCCACACAUACCUUCGCGCGAACGUUCCGAUUGAGGACUGCAACGAAGUAAUCGGCCCGGAGGUGACUGAAUGCCAUACCCGUCAUUAUCGAAGCUGUUUUACCCACGCAGAUGUUGCUCCCCGGAACAUAAUAGUAGAUAAUGGGAAGGUCUCUGCAAUCGUUGAUUGGCAAUUUGGUGGCUGGUACCCAGAAUAUUGGGAGUAUACUAAGGCACACUACGGGCAGAUAGAUCGGCCAGAGUGGUAUGAUGGAUUGGAAAAUGCUAUGGAGAGAUAUGAUGAGGAGCUUGGCGCGGAACGAACUCUGUGGAGGCGACUGGAUGAGCCACAACUUCUUUGGCGUGGAAGGGAGCAUCUGAUUCCGAGUUUGGGAGAUAGUGAGAUCUGA